UACAGCAUCAGAGCUUUCCUCACACAACACCACACCACACAACAGCACAAAGCUGUCGGUCAAUUUCCACACUCUCCAAUGAAGAAAGGUGGAGCUCCGCCUCCCUCCGCCUCCGCCUCCGCCAACCCCUUCGCCAAAAUCUUCCUCUGCUUCGAAACCAAAUCCUUCCUCGCCACAUUCCUCGGCCUCACCCUCGUCGUCAUCGUCUGGAAUCUCCAGCCCUACUACGACAACAUCCUCCCCACCGCCCGCUGCUCCACCGCCGCAGUAUCUCCGUCUGCAAACACAAACACCAACACCAACACCUCCCCAAUCUCAGCGCAGAAGCUCGUCGCCGAUCCAAACAAGCGCACCUUCCAAUCCUACGGCAGCGCCGCCGCGCUAUUCGUCGAAAUGGGCGCCUACCGCGGCGGCCCCGCCACGUUCGCGGUGGUCGGGCUGGCGUCGAAGCCCACACACGUGUUCGGCAAGCCCUGGUACAAAUGCGAGUGGGUCCCCAACAACGGCAGCGCCUCAAUCCGAGCAAAGGCCUACAAAAUGCUGCCGGAUUGGGGCUACGGCCGCGUCUACACCGUCGUCGUCGUCAAUUGCACAUUCGCGGAAAACCCUAACUCCGACAACAGCGGCGGAAAGCUCGUGCUCUACGCCUACUACGGCGAAUCCCCAAGGAAAUUCGAGAAAUUCACCGCCAUGGAAGAGGCCGCCGGAGCUUACAACGAAUUGGACUACAAGCCGCCGUAUAAGUACGAUUACCUCUACUGCGGCUCAUCUCUGUACGGCAACAUCAGCGCCGGGAGAAUGCGUGAAUGGAUGGCCUACCACGCCUGGUUCUUCGGUGCCAAGUCGCAUUUUGUGUUUCACGACGCCGGAGGAGUGUCGCCGGCGGUGAAGGCGGUGCUGGAGCCAUGGAUUCGCGCCGGGAGGGUUACGCUGCAGGAUAUUAGGGCGCAGGCGGAGUACGACGGCUACUACUACAACCAGUUUUUGGUGGUGAACGAUUGCCUCCACCGCCACCGCUACGCCGCGAAUUGGACGUUCUACUUCGAUGUGGAUGAGUACAUCUACCUCCCCGACGGCGGCACCUUGGAGUCGGUGCUCACCGAUUUCUCCAACAACACACAGUUCACCAUUGAACAGAACGCAAUGUCGAGCUCUCUCUGCUUGAACGAUCCAUCUCGAGAUUACUCAAGGGAAUGGGGGUUCGAGAAGCUGACAUUCAGAGAUUCACGAACGAGGAUGAGGCGAGAUCGGAAAUACGCGAUUCAGGCGAGAAACGCCUACGCGACCGGCGUGCACAUGUCGGAGAAUGUCGUCGGCGGGAGCCUCCACAAGACGGAGAGCAGGAUCCGGUACUACCACUACCACAACACGAUCACCGUGCACGAGGAGCUCUGCCGCAACCUCCUCCCGGCGAAGGCGGCGAACGCGACGACGUGGCUGGACAAGGUCCCGUACGUGUACGACGAGAGCAUGAAGAAGCUGGGGCCGGUGAUUAAGCAGUUUGAGCGGAACGCUAUCGGCGCCGCCCUGCAACGGCGACUCCGGCGAUAGUAAUUUUAAAUUAUUUUUUGGAAGCUAUUUUUCGGUGUAUAAAAAAGAAAAAAAUUAUAAUUACCAGCUGUUUUUCAUUUUUA